AUGAUGAAGCUCACCAAUCUGUCAUUUCCCCUCAUCACCAUUCUCCGGGCGACCCAGGGUGUCUUCGCAGCCCUGAUAUUAAUCCUCUCAGCCUUUGUCGCGAACUGGUACAACACCACCACCCCCUCGCCAUCGCCAUCGCAAGUCAACUUCCUCCUCUUCGGCGCCGUCUGGUCCAUGCUCUCGCUCGCCGCCAUCGAACUCCUCCCGCGUUUCCUCACACGCAUCCCCAAACCUUACCUCACCCUCCCCCUCGACAUCCUCAACGCCCUCUUCUACCUUGCCGGAUUCGCCGCCCUCGCCGCCUUCCUCCAGGGUCUCCUCUUCUGCCGCGGAGAUGUCUGCCACGCAGCCCAGGCCGAUGUCGCGUUUGGGGCGUUCUCGUUUGCUGUUUGGACGGCGACGGCUGUGUUGAGUGGGAAGGAGGCGCUUCGCGUUCGGAGGACUGGGGGAAUAGGAAGUGGUGCUGCGCAGGGACCGUUGGCUGGGACGGGGGCGAUGCCGGGGCAGAGGGGGAUGAAGGAGGCUGUGUGA